UUCACAUUCCCGCCAUCAUCGACUGCUCGUGGGGCUCGAGCGCGAUAACAUCAUACCCGGCAAAACUCAUACACUGGCCUUGCGCCAUACUGAGAGGAUUUAUCCGAUAUCCACCGCUUUCUGACAGGAAUUGUCCUCCCGCAGGUAAAUGAUCACUGGCCUCAUCUGUUCGCUCCCAGUUUUGUCCAGAGCUUCAUUCUCUCAUGGCUGUCGCAGUGCCCAAGCUGACCAGCGGCGGCCCUGUUCGCAUCCGCAUCAGGUGCAUGGGGUUUAGCAGCAAAUGGAAAGAGGGUAUCUUUGAGAUCCAUGAGAGAGACAACAAAAUCAAUCUGUUGCUCAAAUUCAACAGUGGUGGUGCCCCGAAAAGCUUUCAGCUAAAUCCCACUGUGAAGGUUUCGUGGAAUCAGUCGCCUGGCAUGGCCCGUGUGGUAUUAACACUGAAAGAGGGUAUCAUCACGAUGGAGAAACUGCCCGUAUUGGUUGCGAAAAGAAUGAAGGAAUAUCUUGAAAUGAUAAAGCAUGGUAAACAAACAGUCUUAAAGACAAACCAGGGAAGUGCCAGUUUUGGAUUAGUUCUUGGGAAUCGCACACCGCAUAACGACUCCGGUCUCUCUCCAUCAGAGAAACAGACCACUCCAAAGCGCCCAAGCCUGGACAACAGAGAGGACAGCACGCCCCGAAAACCUCUUGGGAGUCCCAGCAGAGUCACUUCGACACCUGGCCGCGCUGGACUCUCAGAGAUUAGGAAUGAGAAAAGGAAGAGACUCAUGAGCUCUGAUGGUGAUAUGACUGAAGACUACCCCAAAGAAAACGACUCCUCAAGUAACAAUAAGGCCAUCACAGACACACCCAGAAAGUUCCUCCACAGCUGCAAAGAGAAGCUGAAGCAUGCAGAGGAGAACCGAGCAUCAGCUCCACUUGUUCCUGCCCCUCUUCAGCCAACGUCAUUUUAUGGGAGUAGAACAGGAACUAAAGACUUCACACCAACCCAUUCAUUUCUGGACCGGCCUAGCAGUACAGGUCAAUGUUCCUCUGCCAAAAGAAGCCUGGUGUUACCCAAUCACUCAACUCCUUUCAAAAAGGUGCGUCCAACAUUGGAUUAUGGUGGCUGGAACAAACCACGGCCGUCCACGCCGGCUCAGCCACAACCUCCCCUGCAAGGAUUCUCCAACCUUGGAAAUACAUGUUACAUGAAUGCCAUCCUCCAGUCACUUUUUAGCUUGCCUUCAUUUUCAAAUGACCUGUUGAAGCAGGGGAUUCCAUGGAAGAGAGUCCCCAUCAACGCCCUUCUGAGGCGUUUUGCUCACCUCCUGGCUAAGAAAGACAUCUCGUCUCCAGAUGUGAAGAAAGAUCUUUUGCGGCGAGUAAAGAAUGCUAUAUCCUCCACAGCCGAGCGUUUUUCUGGCUAUAUGCAGAAUGAUGCCCAUGAGUUCCUGAGUCAGUGCCUGGAUCAGCUAAAGGAGGAUGUGGAGAAGAUCAAUAAGAGCUGGAGGAAUGAACCCUCGGUCUGGGAGGAGCCUCAGGGCGCUCGCUUAGCAGAUGAAGCAGACACAUCACGAAUCUAUACCUGUCCGGUCUCUGUCAACAUGGAGUUUGAGGUGCAGCACACCAUUACUUGUAAGAGUUGUGGAGAGGUGGUGAUGAAGCGCGAGCAGUUCAACGAUCUGUCCAUCGAUCUUCCUCGCAGGAAGAAAACUCUUGCAAUGAGAUCCAUACAGGAUUCUCUGGAUCUCUUCUUCAGGAUGGAAGAGAUUGAGUAUUCGUGUGAAAAGUGCAGUGGAAAAUCAGCUACAGUAUCUCAUAAAUUCAGCAGACUUCCCAGGGUUCUGAUCCUUCAUCUCAAACGCUACAGCUACAACACCCAGUUGUCUUUAAACAGCAAGCUGGGCCAGCAGGUCUUCAUCCCCAAAUAUCUCACACUGCUGUCCCACUGCACAGACGCCACCCGUCCUCCUCUCAGCCUCGGUUGGAGCGCACAGAGCACGCUCUCCAGGACACUGAAGACGUCACAGGCUGUCAACUCUUCUACACUACGGAAGGGUUCGCAGAAGCUGGAUAACUCGAGCAUCGUGUUAUGUGAUUCUGAUAGUGAGGAAGAGCUCGUCAGAAAAGUUGCUCGAAAACAUCAAGCAGAUGAUGACAGGACAGAAGAGGUGCAACACAAUGGACAGAUUGAGCACUUGGAGUUUAAUGCCAUCAAUGAUGAUGAGAUUCUUGAAGCUGUGAUGGAGAAUAAUCAUGAUGACACUAUCCUGCCUGCAUGCCCUGACGACGAGCCUACCAGUAGUCCUGAUACGGGGAUUGGAGAUACCGAUAGUCAGGACCUGACUCAUCAUUUAAACCUACUGGAUGGAGAGAAACAGCCUACAGAUGCUCUUGAGUCUCUGGACCUGACUAUGGAUGAGAACAAGGAGAACCAGACUCCUGAGGGGGCGCAGGGAGAAAUGGACUGGGUACAGCAGUAUAGUUUGGAUCAGGAGCGUGAGGAGCAGGAACUGCAGCAGGCCCUCGCUCAAAGCCUGCAGGAACAUGAGGCGAGAGAGAUGAGAGAAGAUGAUGAUCUGAAGAGAGCUACUGAGCUCAGUCUACAAGAGUUUAAUAACUCUUUACCUGAGCUGUUGUGCUCUGAUGAUGACUCUGGAAAUGAAGAUGGUCUGGAUAUGGAGUACAGCGAGGCUGAGGCUGAAGAUCUCAAGAGGAAUGCUGAGACUGGAGAUCUUCCAAACUCUUUCAGACUCAUCAGUGUGGUCAGUCACAUCGGCAGCAGUUCUUCAUCAGGCCAUUAUAUCAGUGAUGUGUAUGAUAUGAAGAAACAGUCAUGGCUCACGUACAAUGAUCUGGAUGUCUCCCGCACACAAGAGUCCAGUGUGCAGAGAGAUCGGGAAAGGAGCGGGUACAUCUUUUUUUACAUGCACAAAGAUGUGUUUGAGGAGCUGUCUGAACAGGAGAGGACAGGAGGUGACGCUGGCCGUACAGUCCUGCAGCCUUUAUAAGAGACUCGAGCGUGUGGAUGUGGAUCACACUACUGAUGAGCAGCUGAACUGAGCCAUGGGUAACACAGCACACCCCUCAUCAGCACUCCUGAGAAAACACUUAUCCUCUUCCUCUCACUUCUCCAUGUGAAAUACUGUUAGCAUUUUUUAGAUGGGCAAAUGUUGUAGAAACCCGAGUAGGUACAAAGUGUUUAUGGGAUAAAGCAGAGAAAAUAAAUAUAAAUAUAUAAAUAUAUUAAAAGCAUUUUGAGUUUCUUAAAAGGUGCGACUUUGUCUGAGAAGUUGCUCUUAUUUUCUAUUUCAUUUCGUUUGCCUUUAAUAUAACAAGUCCCAACUUUUAUGCAUUAAGAAUGAUAUAAAUUCAGAGAAAGCCUGUUCUCUGUUUUCAGCUUUUAAUUUUCUUUAUGAUCUAUUGCGUACAGAAAUCUAUUCUUGUAUAUGUUCAAGAGUGAAAUGGGGAAUAUGGGUCGUUUGUUUCUUGUUUGAUAUUCAGCUGGAGAUGUGGUGCAAUAUUUGCUUUACCAGUUGGCUUUUAUACGGCUGUCCUAUAGCGAUGAGGAGAGCGAGAACCCUUCUGCUUCGUAUUCCAGACUUUACCGAUGACUGUUUCUUUUACUCUUGUUUUAUAAACGUUCCUCUAACAAGCUCUCACUGCUAUUGAUGUAGCUUGUCUUUUUUUAAAGAUCUCAGUCUGUGAUUUUCACACCUCCAACACCUACAGACCUGGUGAAUUGUUUUCUUUCGAGUCUGUUUAGAGCUUCAACAUUGUGAAAUUGCACAACCGUUGUGUAGAAGGCUUGAUGUUAGGAUUAUUUAUUUUUAGGACCUCGUUCAUAAUUCUGUGUCUUGAUUUAAUACUGUACCCGUCUUGUUUUCAAUAACCACUCUGUUCAUGUUUCUGUUCAUGUGAGUAGGUUGUUGGAAGAGUGGAAACUGUGUGUGUAUGUUGUUCUAUAUGAAACAGUGCUAUAAGCUCUAAUUUACUGCUUAGUAUUCAGUCUUUGACUUUCUUCAGCACAUUUUAAAAUAAAAUUUAUUUAGAAAAAU